AUGCAUGCAUUCCGUGCCCCUGCCAGCCUGCAAGCUGACGUCUCCGGUCAACCUGUGUCAGCCCCGUCCUACAUGCGAGCAAUUGCCUUUCAGUCAUUCACUUUGCCUUCGGCGGCAAAGCCAGCCGACCGUCUGUCAAUGUACGCUGCUAUGGAGGCAGCCCGUGAUCGCCUGGCUUCACGCUGGGUUCUUGCAAUCGUCAGUCUCGGUUCAGCAUCCGCCCUCUUUGUGGAGGCCUCUGCAUCUUCAGACCGUGACUUCUUUAUCGCCCGUGUCGUGCUUGUGAAUGCCCCUUCCACUCUGCAGCGCUACCUAGAUAUGUGGUCUGCUUGGUGUGACUACUGCAAUAUUCGAGCCUCGCCGUGCUCAGACCCUCUGCCUGGCGUCCUGUCAGACUGGUUCCGUGGCUACCAUGGUCCGAUCCCGCGUGCCUUCCUGGUGCCUUCCGCCCCGCUUGAGCGUCGUGAGAGUUUGCCCUUCUCACUGAGCUUUGUGGUGUGGCUCGAGGAGCGUGUGCUGGAUGUCUCAACGCCCUGCUGCGAGAUUUUUAUGUUGGGCGUCCUUCUUUGCGCAAUCUGGGGCUCCUUGCGCUGGGGCGAUUUGCUUUGGGUUCCCCCCGCCCGUCUGCAUCUCCAGCCAGAGUCCUGCGCGUUGAUCGGCAUCUGCCUUCGCACUAAAACCACCAAAUCCGGCAUGCCUUGGGGAAUCUAUAUGCCUGGCUUGCUGGGUUCCGCCGCCGUGACCUGGCCUGCCCGCUGGCUUUCUGUUGUAAAGCAAGUGCUGGCGGACACUCACGCCUUGUGCCCUGAUCGAUGCAUCGAUUUUUUGCCUGCCGUGCUUUCUGAUGAUCGCAUCCGUCCGGUCAUCGUCAAGCCCUUGUCUCGCGAUCAAGCAGUCCCGUGGAUCCGAGGCCUACUGUGCCACCAGUGGCGCUUGCAUUCCGCUGAACCCGUGCCCACAGCAUUCAACUUGGUGGCCGCUCACAGUGCCAAGACCACUGUAUUAUCUUGGGCACGCCAGUUAGAUCUACCUUCGGAACCACGCCGCAUUCAGGGCCAUCACCGCCUCUCGGGCUCGGACAAAUCCGUUGCUCUCUAUAGCCGAGAUGACAUCGGCCCGAUGCUGUCCUGCCAGCGCACCAUCGUGUCCUGCAUCAGAUCCGGCUUCCGCCCCUUGCAACCUACGGCCCGUGGGGCUACAACGCCCUUGCCGGGCUUCCCGGUUCAAUUGGCGCAUACAACCGUCCUCCCGCGUGUCCGCUGGAGAAACGGCCCUACGCCAGAUCUACCGGUCUCAGAUCCGGAUCAUCCAGCAGAAAGUGUCGCUCCCACAGCGCCUCCUUCCCACCAAGUUGCCCUGCCCACGCCACAGGAUGAACCUCCCUUGGUGUCCGAAGUGGUGCCGCAGUUCGACCGCCUGCCCAGCCCUGCCGUGUCUAGCUGUUCUUCGGAAGACGACCGCGGCUCCGUGUGCUCCGAGCCUGCCUCUGAUCCGGAAGCCGUAGAGGUUGAAGAAGCGGCGUUGAACCUUCCGCCCUCUCCUCUUCAAGCACCCCCGCCCCUGCUCUUCAAUCACCGCUCCAACGUGGUACAUGCAGGCGCCACGUGCGAACCACAUGCACCGCGCUCCGUUUUCUUCUCGUACGAGUUGAAAUGGUUGCGGCCCGCUUGUGGCGCCAGCACGGACAACAUCGGUGCGCGCAGUCCUGCUCGAGCUCCUUCGACUCGCUCCUCUUCUUGGUCGCAGUUUUGCCUAGCCAUGGAGGCGGCCAACUCCGAUAUGCGUGAUGCCAGGGAAGUUUUCUCCGUGCGGACUGCCCGCCAGCGUGUGCUCGUUGCAGAGGACGUCCCCGCUGCUUCUGCUCGCCCUGUUUUGCAACCCACAGCCGCUAACCCUGCUCCGACUGUUGCGCCUGCUGCCUCAGCUAGCCGUCCGCCGGACGCCGCCUUCCUGGAAUGUCCCGCCCCGCACUGGUCAGAUGAACGCUUGCGUGCCUGGCUUGCACAGAUGGACCCGCUUGUGUUGGCGCGUGUUCGUGCCUUGCUCCGCCCGCGCGAACUAGAACGCCAGGAACUCAUUUUGGGUUACUGCGAGCAGCUCUGCCCCAAUCUUUGUGGCAACGUCUGUGGUGCCAUGGCUCACCGACCACGGCUUGAUGAUCCUGCUGUGUUGGAAGCCCUCGUCCAGCAGUAUUCAGCACCUGCUACUCUGCUGGGCACUCUCAAGGCGGCUGGUUUUUCCACCCUGAGCUCGCUGGUUUUUGCUGCACCCGAAUCCGCUGAUGAGCCCCAGCUCCUGCGUUCACUUCUUGCAUUGCCUGAGCCGCACGAGCUCACGACACCGUCUUGCUCCGCUGUCCGCCGCCUGCUUAUGGAGGCCCGCCUUUUGCUUCCUCCCCAGUCACUUCCUGCGAUGCCGCCAUCUGGGUCGCAACCCACCUCAGCCACUCCGUUGCCCGCAACUUCAGCAACUAAGCUAACUGCCGCCGAGUUUACACAGCUCCGUGCCGAUUUCACCACUGCAUACCCAGGGGAGCUCCUGAAUCCCUCUAACACCCCUUGCCUGGAGAUGUGUGCCGCGAUCAAGCAACUUCAUGAGUCCGGUGCAUCCCCUUGGUUGCCAUGGCGUCAGCGUGCUUCCGAAGCUGACCGCGCUGCUUGGUCCGAGGCACGCCGACCUCGCUCCGAUGGCCAACUUCUGCGUGCACUUCUAGCGGAUGAUACGGAGCCAAGCGGCCCUUCCGCCUCUGUGCAACUUAACGGGCCCGUGGAAACCGCCCUUCGCCGCAGUCUGUCCAUCUUUGCUACCGCGUUAGCCAUGCUGAAGCUUGUGCACUUGCUGCCCGCAAAACGCUUCAUGGAUAAAUUCGUGAACACAGCUCUCUCUGUGCCCCUGGAUCCCGGACUCCGCCCGCCUGCAAUGAAUGAGAUCCUGGCUGCAGACCGUUCCGUCUGGUUAGCUGUGCAUGAGUUGGUCCGUGACCACGGCUGGAGCCUAGAAGAUUCCCUUAAUGAAAUGGCCACCUGCCGCCAGGUGUGCAAGCGGUAUGCUGUGGGCAAAUGCACGAAUCCUGCCUGCCGCUACGCCCACGUCUGCCCUGACCAGCCCCGCCCUGCUGUUGCAUCCGCUCCUGCCAAACGCCCUGCCUUCUCCGCUACAACAGCCACGAGUCGAGAUGUUUCCUUCCCUCCUUCUCCGCCACUAGCCUGUGCUGGCGCCACACCACGAGCGUUGCCAGUUCAGGUCCAAUGCACUAACCAUGGCCCUGCUUCUACACCUCCGCCAUCUCGGGCCCCGCCCUCAGCCACUCUUGCACCGUCGGAACCCACUGACUUUGCGCCUAUCCCUGUUCCGGCUCCUGGCGCCACCAAGGCUCAUGGCACUGCCAUCCCCGCGUUACGCCUUUUCUUGGACCUUUUCUCUGGUGCUUCUGCACCAGUACACAAUGCCGUGUCGGGUUUGCUGUUGUGUCGCUUCGAGCCUGUGGAUCUUCUGUGCGGUUCUGCUCUGGACCUGUCUGAUGACGAGGUCUACCGGGACCUCUGCCGUCUUUGUGCCUCUGGUUUGGUCGGAGCCUGCUGCGCUGCUCCGCCCUGCUCCUCCUACUCCAGAGCUCGCCUGCGAGCGCCUGGUCCAGCCCCCAUUCGAACGGCCGCAUUCCCAACCGGUCUGCCUCACCUUGACAGUCGCCAGCUCAAUGAGCUGCGGCUGUCCAAUUCUCUGCACAAGCGCACCCGCCACCUACUGUCACUGGUGGCCAGCCGCGGCGGGCUCAUCCUUCUGGAGAACCCCGUCUCUAGCCUGUUGUGGUUGGAUCCCGAAGUUAUGGCAUGGGUCCGAGCGUUUGCCCCUUUUGGCGCUUCCGUUGCAGCCUGCAAUCAUGGUAUGGAUGCCGACAAACACUGGCUCUUCUGGUCAAACAGACCUUGUGUUGCCGCACUUGCAUCCUCCUGCCCGCACCUGAAGGGUUUCCACAAGUUGCUCCGCAGCAAGCGUCUGCCAGACGGCUCCUGGUCGACACGCUUGACAGCCACGUACCCGCAAUCGCUUGCACAAGCUAUUGCCGCUCUCUGCGUGCCCUUUCUGUCUGUUAAGGAUGCCGUUUACACUCGAGACGACAUCUUCCGCCCGUUACGCCGUGCCUGGAUGGAACGCCUCAUCAAGUCCGGUCUUGUUCAUACGAUUGUCUCCGCGAUCUCCUCCGGCGACAAAACAUCCCCGCUUUCAUGUGAACAGCUGUUGCCUUUCUUUGAUGACCUCCGUUCCUUCCUGCACGUUGAAUGCGACACCACCUGGUCUAAUUUGCUGCACAUUACUCCAGGGCAGCCUUUCCGCGUUCCGCUUGGGUUUGCCCAGCCAAUACCGCCCUGCCCGGUCCUCACUCCUCUUUCGGAAUUAACCGCUCCAGUUCCGGAACUCUGCCACUGUGAGUCCGCCUGGAAAUCCGCCUUGGACCAUCCCGAGAUCGUCGACGAUCUUCUCAAAGAGGAGCUAGCGCAGGGUUGGAUCUGUGAGGUUCCGGGGGGUGAUGCCGAACUCAGGUCCCGUUAUAGCCAGUCCGCCGUUGGGAAGCUCGGCCUAGUCCUCUCGGAUUCUCGCCCUCCGCGGCUCGUGGUGGACAGUUCCAUUUCGGGAGUUACUGCGAGCACCCGUCUGCCCAAUAGGUCAUCCAAUCCCACGCUCAUGCACGUGCGACGCUGCCUUCCGCUUUCGGAUGCCCGCGAGCAACUAUGUGCUCUGGUUCUGGAUGUCAGCAAAGCCCACCGCCGGCUCAAGAUUCUACCUGCUGACCAAGGGUUGCUCUGCUUCCGCCACCGUGGCCGCUUGUACCAGUGUCUCACGCUCAACUUUGGUGCUCGGGCGUCUGGGUUUUACUGGUCCAGGGUGGCAGGUCUGCUUGUGCGCCUGGUGCACCGCAUCUGGUGGGUGAGUCACUCCGCACUGAUCUAUGUGGACGACCUUCUGUGUCUGCUGGAGAAAAGCUCCGCCCCGUUGCUGGCUUCCGUUCUCGUUGUGCUCCUACAGGUCCUUAACGUGCCCAUGAGCUGGCACAAGGCCAAACUCUCCCCUUCCGUUGUGUGGAUCGGCUGGCAGUUUGACUUCCGUACCUACACAGUCCGCCUUGAGCCUGAAAAGCUCCAGCGCUUGCUCCGUCUACUUCACGAGUCCCGCCGACAUAACAAGCUGCCGACGUCGACCCUAGAAAAGUUGACCGGCAAGCUCCUCUGGCUGUCAAACUUGUUCCGUGCCUUCAGGCCUUCGCUGGCUCCUCUAUAUCAAGAUCAGUACUGCCCCCCCCUGGUGAGCAUUCCGCUUUCAACUGCUUCCUGGAAGCGCUUGGUGGACUGUCUUUCCGAUGACCUGUUGGUCCGCUCACCUUGUGGUCUUGCUGCUGCUCCGGUCGGCUCUCGCCUCUUUCGUGUCGCGCAGAAUGCUGUCACCAAGCGAUCCGAGUUGCCUGCCUUUCCCCCAUCCAGCCGGCGUUUGUGGGUUCAAAUUUCGGAUUUGUCGCACACGCAUCGUGUCAUAUCAGAUGCCUCCCGGGAGGUUAUGGAUCUGUGGCUGGACAUUUGCAAGUCCGGCACUGACUUCCGCACCCUGCUCCUGGCCCCGCAUUUUCAGUGUGAAGCGUUCGCGGACGCCUGCGCAUCAUCUACAUCUGCUGGUCUUGGAGGUUUCGUGAGGUUGCCCGAUGGAGCCUGCCUCUUCUUUCAGUAUACCUUUACACAGCAGCAGCUGCACGAUCUCUUCCCGUGGUUCCCCGCCGACGAGCCGCCGCAGCAUUAUAUAGCAGCCUGGGAGUUGCUGGCCCAGUGCGGGCUCUUGCACUUGCUCUCUUGUCUGCUGCCACCUGGCCACCCCCCUGUCCACGUGACCUUCCGUUGCGACAAUUCCGCUACUGACUCAGCCUCAUGGAAAGGCCUCUCGCUUGCCCGAGGCCUCAGUUCCUUGCUCCGUUCCUUUUUUCUGCUGCAGGAACGUCAAUUCAUUUCCGUUCAUGUCGAUCACGUUCCGGGAUUCCGGAACGAUCUUGCUGAUAGCCUCAGUCGUGGGUAUGACCCCUCCCUCCUGGGCUUUUUGCCUGCGCAGCGAGCUGAAGUGCCUUGGACAGCCUUCCCAUCCACGUUCUGCACCUGCACAUAUCCGCUUGAGGAGGACCUGUCAAGUUGCCUGGCUCCUGCUUGA